GGCCGGGAUCUCCGCUGUCCUGGGUCCCGGAGUGCUCCCUCCCGGCAGGUCUCUCUCCAGCCCCGCAGUCGUCUCCCUGGCCGGCCCGUCUCCAGGGUGCGCAGGGCCCGACGCCCCCGGCUCCGCGGCCGCGGUCGGGCCUCGGCCCCCGCACUGCGCUCUGGGACAGGUGACCGCGGGGGCCCCAAAGAGCUCAGCUCCGCAUCCCCGGAGACUCCGAGGGCGAAGGCCCCGUGCUCACUCCUGCCUGGCUUCAGUUGGCGCUCCUGCGAGAACAUGGUGCAGAAGUACCAGUCUCCCAUCCGCAUCUACAAGUACCCGUUCGAGCUAGUCAUGGCGGCCUACGAGAGGCGCUUCCCCACCUGCCCGGAGAUCCCGGUGCUGCUGGGCAGCCAGGUGCUGCGCGAGGCCCGCAGCGCCGACGGCGCGGUGCACGUGGUGGAGCGGAGCUGCCGGCUGCGCGUGGAGGCCCCGCGGCUGCUGCGCAAGAUCGCCGGCGUGGAGCACGUAGUCUUCGUGCAGAGAAACGUGUUGAACUGGAGGGAAAGGACGCUCCUCAUCGAUGCGCAUAACGAGACCUUCGCCAGCCGCGUGGUGGUCCGCGAGAACUGCAGCUACACGGUCCACCCCGAGAACGAAGACUGGACAUGCUUUGAGCAGUCGGCCUCGCUCGACAUCCGCUCCUUCUUUGGGUUUGAGAGCGCCUUGGAGAAGAUCGCCAUGAAGCAGUACACGGCCAACGUCAAGAGGGGGAAGGAGGUGAUCGAGCAUUACCUGCACGAGCUCGUCUCCCAGGGCAUCUCUCACAUCCCCCGGUGGACACCUGCCCCCGUCCGAGAGGAGGACGCUCGCGCCCAGGCUGGGCCCAGGGAUCCCGGCUCCCUGGAGGUUGGUGGGCCCAGCAACCCCCCCACCCCCGCUCCGGAGACGGUCGGUCUGGACGGGGACAAGCUGGACGCGGACUACAUCGAGAGGCGCCUGGGCCACCUCACGCCUGUGCAGGAGAGCUGCCUGAUCCAGCUUCGCCAGUGGCUGCAGGAGAACCACAAAGGCAAGAUCCCCAAAGACCAGCACAUCCUUCGGUUCCUGCGGGCUCGUGACUUCCACCUGGACAAGGCCCGGGAGAUGCUGUGUCAGUCCUUGAGCUGGCGGAAGCAGCACCAGGUGGAUCUUCUUUGCCAGACCUGGCGGCCCCCCGCCGUCCUGGAGGAGUUCUAUGCGGGCGGCUGGCACUACCAGGACGUAGACGGCCGCCCCCUGUACAUCCUGCGUCUGGGCCACAUGGACACCAAAGGCUUGAUGAAGGCCGUGGGGGAGGAGGCGCUGCUGUGGCACGUUCUCUCUGUCAACGAGGAAGGACAGAAGAGGUGUGAAGGGAACACGAAACAGUUUGGCCGUCCCAUCAGCUCCUGGACCUGCCUGGUGGACCUGGAGGGUCUCAACAUGCGGCACCUGUGGCGGCCGGGGGUGAAGGCCCUGCUGCAGAUGAUCGAGGUGGUCGAGGCCAACUACCCCGAGACCCUGGGCCGGCUGCUCAUCGUGCGCGCCCCCCGUGUCUUCCCUGUGCUCUGGACGCUGAUCAGCCCCUUCAUCAACGAGAACACCAGGCAGAAGUUCCUCAUCUACAGCGGCAGCAACUACCAGGGCCCGGGCGGCCUGGUGGACUACCUGGAGGAGGAAGUCAUCCCCGACUUCCUGGGCGGGGAGUGCCUGUGUAAUGUCCCUGAAGGAGGACUGGUCCCCAAGUCCCUCUAUCUGACGGAUGAGGCGCAGGAGCACGCGGACCAGCUGCGGCAGUGGAGAGACACCUACCAGUCGGCCAGCGUGCUCCGCGGGGCCCCCCAUGAGGUCGAGGUGGAGAUUCUGGAGGGGGAGUCGGUCAUCACCUGGGACUUCGACAUCCUACGAGGGGACGUGGUGUUCAGCCUGUACUACACCAAGCGAGCAGCCAGGCCGGGCCCCCGGGAGCCGGGAGCCAGGGCCGGCGGGCAGCUGACGGACAAAGGCUGGGUCCUGGGCUCAGAGUACAGCCGCGUGGAGGCUCCCCUCGUCUGCCGGGAAGGGGAGAGCAUCCAGGGCUCCCAUGUGACCCGGUGGCCCGGAGUCUACUUGCUCCAGUGGCAAAUGCACGGCCCCCCCAGCCACGUGGCCUGCAGCCUCCCGGGCAUGGAGGACGUCUUGACGGCUCUGCACAGCCCCGGCGCCAGGUGCAAACUACUCUACUACUACGAGGUGCUGGCUUCCGAAGACUUCAGGGGCUCCAUGUCCAGCCUGGCAUCCUGCACCAGCCGCUUCUCCCAGCUCAGCGCCGCCACCUCCUCCUCCUCGUCGGGCCAGUCUCACAGCGGCUCCCUGGUCUCCAGAUAGCCGGGACCAAGCCCUGUGGGCAGCCCGCUUGCCUCCCGCGCCUGCAGAUACCCAGAACCAGAGGCCGGCUUGCCGCGGGGACUGGGACCACAUGGCUGCAGCCUGGUCCGGACGCUGCCAAAGUCGGGGUGUCUGGAGCCGACGGCAAUGAUCCAGCUUGUGGACUCUUGAGGUUGCAAGGACAGGGCCAUCUGCUUUAGGGGUGGACCGACCACCUUCUGGUCUUCCAGAUCAGGGGGCUCAGGGAUGUCACCAGCUCAGCGCCUCCUCCACCUCUGGCUCUGCUGUCCCUGGGGUGGCCUCCUUCUCAGGUGCCUUCGCCACACAGGGGACCCCAUCACCAUUAGGCUGCCUCCCACCCUUCCCCAAGCUUGGCUAGAAGGAAACGUCUCUCCCCCAAAGUUCCAUCCAACAUUCCAGGAUUGAGUCUAUCAGCCUGCUUGGGUCCCGCUCCAUCCCUGAACCAGUCAAGGUUGCUAGGGGAACUGGAGAACAGUGAUUAGCCAAUCGUGGUUGCCAGGCGAACGGAGAACACUGAUUGGCCAACAGGGCCCUGUGUUCAGUCUGGACCAGUCACUGUGCAGGGAUGGGGAUGCAGUAAUUGGCCAGCCUGGAUCACGUGCUUGUUCCUGGAGCCAAUCUCCUGGUCUGAAAAGCACAAGGGAGGUGCCUCUAGGAAUACUGGGGUCCCCCCAGAAGAAGGGGGAAAGGAGGCUGAGCAGGCAGAAAUGAUCCAUGCUCAGCAUGGCAUCUGAUCCCAUAGGGAUGCCCUGUGUCCCAGCAUGUGCACGGUGAGUAGUUAUAUCACCUAUAGGCUCCGCUUUCUGUGGGGAGCAGCCCAUCCUGGACUUGAAAUCCAUUUUCCCAGUGCUUGGCUGCAAAGGCCCAGGAUUUCUGCUAAGUUCCAGGCAGCAAUAUGGUAGUUCUGACUGUCUUUAUACUCUGUGGAGGUCGCUGUCUCUCCUGGGAGCUGUUUAAUUAUGUCUUCUUGUGGUUGUAAGUCACAGAGACCCACACAAAAGGCUAACCUUUCAUGGGCACAUGUAACUGGCCAGUUCAGGAGGGCUUACUUCAGGUAAGGCUGGAUCCAGGAUCUCAACAUGGCAUCAGGACUCCCCCGUGGGGCGGGGGCUGUGACUUUGUUGUGUCUGCUGUGGGGCAAAUUGACCCCUGGCACGAGCUGCAAUAUUGACAGACUUUUCCCAGGUUCCUGCAUCAGAGAAUCUUGGGUCUCCUUGGGGUCUGAGGACAUUUUUCCUUUUCUUUUCUGGGCCUCCAAAAAGGCAACAGGCUAGAGGUCACCCCCUGGCAGCCCACAGUCUGAUCUGGCCUGCCUUUAGUGUUUUUGCUUUUUGCCUAUACAGGGAUUUAAAACUUGGGGCAUUUCACACAGAAAUCAGGAUUUCUGGUUUCCCUUAGGCAUUUGGGAGUGUUGGCACAACGGGCCUCUAUUGCUGCAUAAAGGCAACACAGCUGUGGCGCUGGAUGGGGCCACCGCAGUCCCCACUCCUCUCUGUGGACCCACACAUAGCCUGCCCCCUUCACUCACACUAUCUGCCUGGGCGGGUGGGACCUCACUGAAAUGGCAGGCUGGGGGCAAGCUGGGGCUCGGAGGCUCAGUGUCACUCUUAUCUUGGUGCCUUGUUUGUAUUGAGGGUCAUCUCUGGCCGGCACCCACAGUUGCUGGGCCCUGCCCAAGGGGUGGGGCAGGUGGCCUCCGUGCAGGCUCGGCGUGCUGGGGCGAGGACAGCAAGGACUUCCUUCCGCACAACCUCAUCCCCACCCUGGAGCAGAGGGAAGGGCCAUCCUCUCUGCAGGGAGCCAGCCUCGUCCGCCUUCUGCUGGUUUUCUGCUUACUUCUCAGGUAUAGGAGCAAAAUCCAGAACUCCGCGUCCCGUGUCCAGGUGUCUGUGCACCAUGGGAGGGAGAGAGAGAGGUGGGGGAGACUGGAGAUGUUCUCAAAACUGAUUGCUCCCCUGUCACCAGGCAUUUAUCGCUGAGAGCAGUUUGCGAUAUUUUCAACUAUCUUUCGAUGAAUUUCUAGCUUGCCUCUAAAAACUAGGUGUCAUCCUAGAAGCACUUUGGGGUAAGCUGCCCCGGCGCCCCCCGCACAUUUAUUGUCUAGGACUAGCACCCAGAGAAGGAUGGAGAAGCCUUUCCUUUUCAUGGGGUGAUAAGUGCCUUUUCACAACUGGAUUCCAGAGAACAGUGUCUGCUGUCAGCAGUCCAGCCUUCACAGUGGGGACGAGGAGCCUCAGCCCUCUCUGCUCUCCCCCGUGAGCCCUCUCUCCCUCUCCCUCUGUAGAAACCCAGCUCAAACUGGCUUGAGCAGCAAAAGGAAUUCCCUGGCUCCUGUAACUGGGUUGGCUGAGGGUGGGGCUUGCUCCAGGGAUGGCUGGAUCCAGGAGCCCAGUGUCCCCAGGCUCACAUGCUCAUCCUUUCAGCCUCACCCAGGCCUCUUGGCUCUGCAUCUCCUCUCACACUGGUCUCAUCCUCUCCCCCACCUGGUGGGAAAGGUGACUGGCCUACCGCCUGGCCUACACCCACAGGGCUCACGAUCUCUAAGGCUGAGAGAGACACUCUUUCUGUCUCAGAUCCCACAGAAGGCUCUGAGUGGCCUGGGAAAAUUCCUGUGCUUGCUCCUGUGGAUGCCCAAGGGGCUGGGGGCCUUGAGAUCGACAUUCCCUCCAGAAGCGACAGUGGGAUUGGGGGGCGCAGUUGCCCAAGCACAAGAGAAGCUGGGCCACAAAAGCAGUAGAUGGCCAGGGUGGUGUCUGUACAGCUCUCCUCCCAUGCUGGAGGUCUCUGGGGCCCACCAUGGAGCAUCAUCAAUCAACAGGCGGUCCUUACCUUCGGGGGGCUUGGAAUUACAAAUCCAAGGAGAGGCUGCUGAGCCCUUGGCUUCUGAAUUUCCCCGGACCCCAGGGUUCCCUGGCUUGGCUUCUUUCUCCAUCUUGUUCAUUAACCUGCUGUGGCCAGGACAGAAACAGCCACUAGCAGAAGGACCCUGCCUAGGCGCUGGGUUUAGGAGACUGGGUCUUAAAAUUCAGCCAGGGUGGGCUCCAAACCCCAGCCGUCUUUUCGCUAGCUGUGUGACCUCCAGCAGGUGACUUAACCUCUGUGCCUCAGUUUCCCCGUCUGUAAAAUGGGGAUAGCAGUGCCUACCUCAUUCGCUGGGCUGUAGGGGGAAGAAGUGAGAGGGGCUGUAGAGGCCACAGCUCGGCGUCUCGCACAUAGAGCACUCGAUCAAAGUCAGCAGUUAUUCUGGUUAUUUAUGGCUUCUCACCCAAAGACUGCAGGCUCCCCAAGGACGCCCGUUGCUGUUUCUCCAGAAGGCUCACCCCAUGCACGCGGAGCGGAGUGGGUGUCGGGAUAAUUCCCUGGGACUUUCCCUUUUGGAAACUGCUUGUGUUUUGGGGGCAAAUCCGCUCCCCUGGAAGAGUGUCAUUCCCAGGGGCGUCUGCUCAACUGGUCGGAGCGCCUUCUGCCCGUCGGCAGACAGAAGUGGGGUUUGAGACUCUGUCACCCCCCUGCAGCCUCUGGGGUCUCUCCCCCAUCAAAUGAAUGGUUCAGUGAAACAGUGUGAUUCCUCCCCUCACGGUCUGUUUCAGCCAGGAAAACACGCUGUCUCUUGUUGACCUGAUCGUUUGCUCCACCCAGAGGCAUUAAAGGUGUUCGAUUUGGCUGUA